GGCGGAUGCCCUUCAUGACGAACGACACCAUGUUGAAGUAGAGGUGCAUGUCGUCGGCGUGGUGGAAAGGAGACAGAAGGAGGCGGCGCCACUCGCCCGACCAAUACGCCUGAUGGACGCUCACGCAUGCCUAUGGAGAGGAUAAAGUGACUGAUGGAGGGUGCAACUCGACCAGUGCCUGAAAAGACGGAUUUGGAUGACUUAAUCAAGCAGAAUUCUGAGAAUAAAGUCAGAAUUCCGACUUUAAAUUCAGAAUUCUGAGAAUAAAGUCAGCACUCUGAGUUUAAAGUCAGAAUUCUGAGAAUAAAGUCAGAAUUCUGAGAAUAAAGUCAGAAUUCCCACUUUAAAGUCAGAAUUCUGAGAAAAAAGUCAGAAUCCUGUCACCCCAUUUGUAUGGAAGACCAGAUUAUUUCCCAGUGUAAACUGAAACAACAGACCAGUAAGCAAUCUUUUUGAUUAAAAAAAAAAAACAUUUGCAUUUAAAAAUUUAUCGUGAAAGACUGCCAUUUGCUGAGGUAAACCUAAAGAUAUCUGUGUCAUAAAUGUGAUAGUCUGCCACUUCCUACUUGGUCAUAUGUGACAUUAACAGCGACAAACCACAUUGCUGAGGUUGCCUCUGGUGCCGUCACUAAGUGAACUAAGUGUCAAAUAUGUGGUAUGGUUUUUCCCAGAAGCCUUUGCUGCUCUGACAUGACUCGAACUUUAGUGAUACAAUUUAAGAAGAACUGAAAAUAAAGAAACAGGAUGUAUCUAUUUUCAAGCUUCAUCCUUUUUUUUAGCAUCUGUUAUGGUGAUGCUGAUGCUAGCGCUAACAGUGCAAGGGUCAUCUAGGCUCAAAUAUUUGAAAUGAUAAAAGUAGGUCAUCUCCAGUUGUCUCAGCAAGGUCAAUGAUUGAAAUGCAACAAACAUAUUGUUGCUUUAAUUUGGUCCAUGCAUCAAAUUUAGCAAAUAUUUUUGUUGCUUUUUGCCUUCAUUUCAGAUACUAUAACGUAUAUUUAAUUUUUGAGUACGAUGAAUUGCUUUAUGUAUUUAUGGAUCAAAUGUAGGGCAGCGCAGUGUGAUGGAAGUGUUUCCUCCUGUGUUAUUUAUGACCGCCGAACACUUCCUGUUUCCUUAUAAGGAAACCGGACUUUUCCUGCAUCCUUAUAAGGAUGUUCAUGUGGGCGCGUGUCCUAAUAUAUACAUCUCAGGUUCCUCCUCCGAUCCACUCCGACGUGGACAUCCAUCAAAUGAUCCUGAGAUGUGUGUGUCCAGGUGUCUGCGCUGCGUAGGCGUGGCUCUGGUUGCCUUGGCGACCGUGUGCGCUGUGGCCAACGUCCUGCUGCUGCUACCUGAGCUGAAGGUCCACUUCCUGUUGGAAGGUCACGUGACCAGAGAGGCCUCCUGGGCCACGGGACUGUGGAGCUCCGGACUCUUGGUUGUGCUUGGUGCUCGAGCUUUUUUGCAGAGCAGCCACACAGCGGGAUGCUGUGCCUUCAGGACACAGAUGUUGCGUCAGGCCUUGUACUCGUGUGCAUGUCUGCUGUCUUCUGCUUUCUGUUGUCUGGUUAGCUUCACAGGGCUGGUCCAAGGUCCUCAUUGUCUCUACAACACUACAAGUGGACCAGCCUGGGGUGUGCCACUUCAACCCACCGCUGACAGGGAUGCCGGAUACCUAUACAACAGAAGUCUGUGGUCAGGUGUAUGUUUGGAGCCCAAGAGUGUGGUCCAGUGGAAUGUAAUUCUCUUUAGCAUACUAGGGGGCGCUAGUGGGCUGCAGGCCCUCCUCUGCGCCGCCAACGUCAUCAAUACCUUGCUGGGUGUCGUCUUGGGACGCGGUGUGGGUAACAAUAAGGUGGGCCCCGUUUCAGUGUGACAUGUAAUGACAUCAGGUGAACGCCACUUUUUUUUAAAUUAACCGCACUUUACAACCCAUUAAGCUGAACUCCGAGCUCACAACUUGAAGAAAAUAAGCUAAUCGACAUCUAAUAGAUUUGUUCUGUUUGUACAUCAAUUUAUCAUUAAUUCACGUUGAAUUCAUAAGAAAAUGUAAGUAUAGUGACAUGAUUGCAGGUUAUUUUGGUCCUCGUUUCCUGCCCACAGAAUUAUUUAUUAGUAGUAGUAAUUGUUGAUUAAACCUCUUUAUUUUUAACUGCCAAUUCAAUGAUCAUUAUUUAAAUGGUGUUAACAAGCUUCAUUGAUUCAACUGUUUAUUUAUUUUUAAUGUCAAUGUAGCUGUUUAUAACAUAUUACAAAUGUAUUAGCGUAAAUUAAAUACAACCGUUUUUUAAUACUAUUCUCGUUUACACUUAAGUGACUGGCAAUACAGUAUUCUACCUACAGGUGGUGCUGUUUCCCCUGUAAAACCUCAAGAAGCAAUAGUAAUGAAUGUACUUCAAAUUAAUGUUCUCAUAUUUUGUACAUUUAUUUUUUUCUGUCAACCAAUUGAUUCAUUGUGGUCAAUUGUUCCGAACUCUUGCCUGAAGUACAAAAUAAAAUACCAUAAAGUGCAACUAGAA